GCCCGUUAUCUGUCUUCUCCGCUGUGACCAAAUCAUUUUCCGAUUGCGUUGGAUCAAACUCGCGGUCCAAUGUGGAGAAGAAACUCACUGAGUCUCUCAUCCAACCUCGCUCGCCUAAACUCCAACCCUUCUCCGUUUCUCUUCCUCCGCACAUCUCACAGCCAUGGGGCCCUCGCUCGAUCCAAUUCCGCCGCCCCUGAGUCCACGUCAGCCGCGGAUCCUGUGACUUGGUCUCAAUCCGGGCCCGAUGUUCGGUGCAUCGCCACGCCUCCAGCCGUUGGUUUGGUGGCAUCCGCGUCGGCGGGCAAGGCUAAGGAAUUGGCUGACUUGGUUAGGCACUACAGCAGAUGCUAUUGGGAGCUCUCCAAAGCUCGAUUAAGCAUGCUUGUCGUGGCCACCUCUGGUACUGGAUAUAUCCUUGGAAGCGGUAGUUCGAUUGACUACAUCGGCCUUUGCUGCACAUGUGCAGGCACCAUGAUGGUUGCAGCUGCGGCUAACUCCUUAAACCAGGUGUUUGAGGUUAAAAAUGAUGCAAGGAUGAAUAGAACCAGAUUAAGACCACUACCAUCCGGGCGUAUUACCAGACCUCAUGCGGUUAUGUGGGCAUCUUCUAUGGGUAUAGCAGGCACUGCUCUGCUUGCUUGCGAGGCUAAUAUGCUGGCAGCAGGCCUUGCAGCUUCCAAUCUUAUCCUCUAUGCAUUUGUAUAUACUCCGCUAAAACAAAUUCAUCCAGUAAACACCUGGGUUGGAGCUAUAGUUGGUGCAAUCCCACCUCUCCUUGGAUGGGCUGCAGCUUCUGGCCAGAUCUCACUGAAUUCAAUGAUGCUUCCUGCUGCUCUAUAUUUUUGGCAACUACCUCAUUUCAUGGCCCUUGCAUACUUAUGUCGCAAGGAUUAUGCCGAUGGAGGGUUCAAGAUGUUCUCACUUGCUGAUCCUUCUGGCUACAGAACAGCCUGGGUUGCACUGAGGAACUGUCUUUAUAUGCUUCCGCUGGGUUACCUGGCUUAUGACUGGGGUAUCGCAUCAGGGUGGUUCUGUGUGGAGUCGACACUACUCGCUCUUGCAAUCAGUUCCACUGCAGGAUUAUUUUUGUUCAACCGUACAACAAAAAAUGCAAGAAGGAUGUUCCAUGCCAGCCUCCUUUAUCUUCCUGUGUUCAUGGGUGGGCUCCUAGUACACCGGUGUUAUGAUAACGAGCUGUCUGCUACCGUGAAGAAUUCAAAUCAAUUAGCUGAGCUGCCAUCAUCGUCCUCCUUAGAAGGAGACUGGACCAGAUCUUCCACCCCUCGGAUAAACAGAAGACCUGCACCAUCACGACCUCCGGUAGCAUAUGCCUCUGUCGCUCCUUUUCCAUUCUUACCAGCGCCAUACGUCAGCAACUAAGGUGUUAUAUCUGUAUAGUGAAUUAAUUGUGAAGAAGUUGAUUGUGGAAUUUUACACAUGUACGACGUAUUGCAAAAUUUGCGGAACUUUUUUCAUUUGAUGGUGACGAUAAAUACUAAAGUUCAUUUUUGGUCCUAAA